AGAAAAGUAGCUACUUCUCCAUUAUUGCAGUGCCGUCUCAACUGUCAGAAGUGACACACUGACUCACUUCGAAAAAAUUAAUAAUAUAUGUAAAAAUAAAAACAGCUUAAAAAUGGCAGCCUUAUUCACUUCACAUUGUGCAAACAACGAAGACGCACCUUUUACUUCUCAUUCACUUCCUAUAAAUGCCCUCAAAAUCUUUCCUUUUCAAUCUAAGUUUUUCAACUGCCAAAACCUGCUACCUAUCAGAAAAACCACCCAAAUGAGUAGUAAUUCAAUGGAAUCUUAUGGCCAACAAGUGGUUCUAAUCACUGGUUGCACUCAAGGAGGUAUAGGCCAUGCCUUGGCUCGUGAAUUUGCUAACAACAAUUGCCUUGUUGUGGCCACAGCCAGGUCUUUGAUUUCCAUGAGAGACCUUGAUCAAGAUAAGAGAUUUUAUCUCCAAGAAUUGGAUGUUUUGUCAGAUGAAAGUGUGCAGCAUGUUGUGUCAAACGUUGUUGAAAGAUAUGGUAGAGUGGAUAUCUUGGUUAACAAUGCUGGAAUUCAAUGUGUUGGCCCUCUUGCUGAGGUCCCUUUAUCUGCUAUGCAAAACACUUUCAAUACCAAUGUCUAUGGGACAAUGAGGCUGGUACAAGCUGUUGUUCCUCACAUGGCAUCUAGCAAGAAGGGAAAAAUCGUAAAUGUUGGAAGUGUUACUGUUAUGGCUCCUGUUCCGUGGGCUGGAGUCUAUACUGCAACCAAAGCGGCUCUUCAUUCACUAACUGAUACCUUGAGGCUGGAACUCAGGCCUUUAGGGAUUGGUGUGAUCAAUGUUGUUCCUGGAGCUAUUAAAUCAAACAUAGGAAAUUCUGCCGUAGCCAGCUACAACCAGAUGCCUGAGUGGAAGUUAUACAGGCCAUUUGAAGAAGCAAUACGGGAGAGAGCGCAUCUUUCACAAGGACUUAAGGCCACUCCCGCGGAAGAGUUUGCGAAGAAGACGGUUGCUGCCGUGCUAAAGGAAAACCCUCCGGCAUGGUUCUCCAUUGGCCAAUUCUCCACUGUGAUGUCAAUCAUGUACCAUUUGCCACUUUCUGUUAAAGAUUUUAUCCUAAGGCGAAAAUUUAAUUGCUGAGUUCUGCAUCAUGUAAGUGAGUUGGUCAGCUUUGCAUGUCUACAAAGCCUUGUAAUUGCACAUGUCCCCGCAUGGUUCUUGUAAGCAUCUUCCUCGUCGUCCCUGCACAGCAGCACAAUACAGAAAUAAGUAAGUUGUGGGGUUAUGGAACUGAAAAGGAUGCUGCUAAAUUUACUGCCAACUUUGUUGUUCCCACCACUUGGACCUGUUGAAAUGACUAAUUCAACCUCUUUAUUUAUUCUUACUAUGAAUAUUUAAUAUAAUGUCUCUUCUGAGUUGGAAUAAAAUAAUUAUCAAUAAAAGGUCGCGAAAAAUGUAUGUAUA